ACGCAGCAGUGAGCGCGCCUUCUACUUUCUGUAGAGAUUACGCGCUUUCUCCUUGCAAUCCUAACGACACACCGUGAAUUUUCAACUAACAAUCACCACAAUAAUCGUUUCUUUAACACAGUGUUCAACAGUCAUCCAUAAUUACAUCGAGAUCACCAUAAAUUUCAACUUCCUUGUGAGUCAACUAAGAGGAUUGGAUAGAUGUCAAUUGCAACUCUUCCUCGCUUCUCUUCUAACAAUUAACAAUUUCCUAAUCAAAUUAUUUUACACUGUGGACUUGAAACUAAUCAAACAGUGAAUUUAAUAAAACUAAUCAAAAGAAAAAGUUCUACACACUUAAACAGUCACUGGAGUAUUCUCCCUUGCAGUGUGUCCCUAAAUAGUUCAUAGUAAAAUAUCCUCUAAAGGUGAAUACAAGAUCAUCGAAUACACGACAAAGAUUGCACUGUCUCCGGUUCUAAACAUUCCUACGUAGUGCCAACAGCUGCGACCACUGCGGUCACAAAAUUCCUUUGAAGAUACCAGGUAAGAAGAGCCUGAUCGCGUUCGGUCACGAUACUCACCUGACGUCAUUAUUUGCCCCGUGACAAUUGGGUAAGUGCGGGGAUUGGCGGUUCCUCACGGGCGAAGGAUGCGUUCGAUACGACACUACACCGUGAAACCAUUCUAACGACAGUCUGCACGCCUCGUCGUGAUACCAUCUGAUGGAUCCUAAUGACGCCGCUCGAGUGUUAUCAUCAGCAUCGCCGGGGACGUCUAUUUCCAUCGUUCGAUUCCCUCGUCCCACGCGCAGCUUGUUCUGAAAAAGGCCGGCGUUACGUCAUUAUCAGCGAACGGUGACAGGAACCCGUGUGAAGUGUAGCCGUGUAUGAAGCGGCCGUUAAUGGACCGUGGACGGGAGCGUACGAUUAGUCCAUCGCGGUGGUGCCAUUAAUAACGAUCAAGACGCUUUAUAAAGAACGGAUGCGGUCGCGUCCUGGGCUGACGCCGGUUUUGAAAAAAAAAGGACGAGACCGUUCUGCGCUUUUCGUUCGACCGUUCUGUGAAUGAACUCUGGUGUCCGAUUACUUUGGUUCACGGUUACCGUACCGCGUAUCUAAACGCUGAACGAUAGUUUGAAAAGUAAAACAACGAUUUCCCGGGGAACAUCUAAUUAUAGACGAGUUGUUCGGCGAAGGUUACAGAACCUGUGCUGUGAAAUUGUGAAAAAGCGAGUGUGCUGUGAAGUUCGUGCGGCGACACCGUCGGAAGCCUAGCACACUCCAAGAAGUAUAGAGGAUUGCUACCGAAAACGGAGUUAGUAGGUGGCUAAGGACUGGAUUCAUUGAAACUUAUCAGCUGUCUCGAGCUACUCGCCAUCCGGCGGUUAAGAAAGACGAUAUUUGAACCGGGAAGAGGAGCCAGGACGCUUAGAAGGAUUCGCCUGUUCGGCCACGCACAAUCGCAGAAUGAAGGGGAUGCUUCUGCUGAUGAACAUGAUGAUGGUUAGAUUUGUCGCGGCGGAAAUUUUCCUCGACAAUGUCGACGCACCAAUUCCUAUACUAGACGUAUUGUCAGUGAAUGGCUCUAAAGCUGAAAUUCCUUGCGACAUUAAUCCCUCAACCAGAAGCGAGGUGGUGAGCAUGGUUUUUUGGUACAAAGGCGAAAGGGAUGGUGAACCGAUAUACAGCGUGGACGCUCGCGGCAAAUCGAUAGCCCAGGCGAGGCUCUGGUCAGAUCCAAACGUAUUCGGUGAAAGGGCAACUAUGAGGACAAACGUGGAACCUGCGAAAUUGGAGAUCAACCCCUUAGAAACGAACGACGCGGGAGUGUACAGAUGCAGGGUAGAUUACAAAAAUAGUCCAACGAGAAAUCAGAAGGUUAACCUUACCGUGAUAGUGCCACCAAGUAGGCCGGCGAUUUACACCGGCUUUGGUAAAAAAUUGGCCGGGACACUUACUUUGAACGAGGGUAGCGUGUUGUCCUUAUGGUGUGAAGUACUCGGGGGUUCGCCGCCGCCGAACGUCACGUGGUAUUUUAAGGGGAAAAUUCUGGACGAUACGUACACACUGGAAGAUGGGCAUAUCACGAUAAAUCGACUUAAUACCUCGAAUGUCACCAGAGAUUUUCUCAGGGCUAGGCUAAUUUGCCAGGCGAAUAACACGCAUCUAAUCUCUCCUGUCAGGACCGAGAUCGUUUUAGAUCUUAAUUUGAAACCGUUGGUAGUGAAUAUUACGAACAAGAAAACUCAUUUGUCGGCGCUAAGAACGUACGAAAUUGAAUGUGCCAGCGCAGGUUCUAGGCCGCAAGUCGUGAUUACUUGGUGGAAGGGAAACCAUCAGAUUAAGCAUAUGGCCAAAAAUUAUGCAGAUCCGAACAUUACGAGAAGCGUGUUAAGCUACGUACCAACGAUGGAAGACAACGGGAAGUAUCUGACAUGUCGGGCCGAGAAUUCAGUUGUACCUGAUAGCGCGUUAGAAGAUAAAUGGCGCCUGCUAGUCUACUAUACACCAAUAGUGACAAUUAAGUUAGGCUCGAGUUUAAAGGCGAACGAUAUAAACGAAGGCGAUGAUGUCUAUUUCGAAUGCGACGUUCAAGCGAAUCCGAAUGCAUACAAGCUGGCAUGGUUCAAAGACGAUAAAGAAUUGCAUCAGAAUACGACAGCUGGAAUUAUUCUGCCGAGCGGACAAUCUUUGGUUCUGCAACGCGUGACUAGAAAUUCCGCCGGUGAAUAUUCCUGCACGGCGACCAAUACUGAAGGAAAAUCCACCAGUAAACCGGUCACACUCGAGAUAAUGUACGCGCCGAUCUGCAAGGACGGCUCUUCCACUCAAGUGGUCGGCGCCCUGAAGCACGAGACGAUUUCGCUGGUCUGUGGGGUGAAAUCGAAACCGCCGCCCACGACUUUCCACUGGACCUUCAACAAUUCCGGGGAGCUGAUGAACGUUCCGGCCAAUAGAUUCACGCAGGUCAAACCUCUGAGUCUAAUCACGAGCCACUGGCACGGGUCCAGGCUGAAUUACACGCCCGAGAACGACAUGGAUUACGGGACGGUCGCCUGCUGGGCCCAGAACCGCAUAGGGGAGCAAAAGACACCCUGUCUUUUUCAGAUCAUCGUCGCCGGGAAGCCGUAUCCCCUACAGAACUGCACGGCUCUUCAGUCGACCGGACCCUACGCAUAUCGAAUGGGUCACGAAGAUUUUAAAGCUACAGACGCGCGAGACGCUGAUUGGUUGAUCGUCAGAUGCUUUGAGGGGUUUGACGGCGGUUUGCCGUUGACUAAUUACGAGCUGGAAGUCUACAGUGAAGAGAACGUAUAUCAUGUCAAUACUAUCUACUUGAAUCACACAGAGAAAUCUAGUUCAUUAGGUCCGGUUUUCGAAGUUCCUGGUUUGGAACCUGGUCGCAACUAUCGACUUCAUCUGUACGCUGUCAACGCUAAGGGGCGCAGCGAACCUGUCGUCCUUGAACCGGUUACGCUUAAAGGAGUCGCGAUGUAUACUACUGAUGGUCGCGGAACUUCGGCUGAGGGCACGGACUACAGCCUCUUGGUGGCUUGUUUCGCCGGCGGUAUAACGGCCAUAUGCAUUCUGAUUGUCGGGAUAACUUUGACCUUGUAUCGGCGCAGCCAUCCGAUCCGCGGCAUGAAGGCGCACACUGAGGUCGUGCAAUACGGGAACAAAGAGGACGGGGUGGCGAUAGCGCCGCUUAACAAAGAUCCCCGCGAUGAGAUCAAGGGACAAAUGUUCGCCGAUAUGCCAGACGACGAUCCGGACGUGAUUCCGAACAAGGUGGACAAGAGGCCGGACAUAUUUGAGCCGAAUUACGGGACCGGCAAGCCGGAAAGAUCAAAGGACUUCUGCCACUUAGAGGAUCUCGAUUAUCCAUCCCCGUCCUCGGUGUUGCACACCAAAGACUCUUGGAUCUAUCCGAACGGGUACAUCGAGAAAAUGGAAAAAAGUCUGAGCCCGAUGCGACCGAGCACGCUUCCUGUCCAUCGCGCGCUUGACGUUUACACGAGAAGCUCGCGAGUCCAAGAGAGCUGUAUAUAGACUGAUACGGUUUUUAGCUCGCUGAACCUGAUUACUUGUUCGGCGCUCGACACUGGCUAAAUCUGAGUUCUCGGCUCGAUUCGUGAUCGGAUACGAACGUCAAUUGGAUCUUAUUCGGUGGAGUAAUGUUUUUCACAGGUGAACAUAACAGAUGUCUCGUAGAGUUUUUAUUGCGAAAUUGGCUAACGUGUUCUUAGAAUAAGACUGACAUUGUAAUUUAACGGGAUGAUGAGUGGUUUAUCCAGAAAAUACGAAAUAGUCUUCUCUUUUUAAUCGAAAUUAAUCAAAUGAACAAUCGGUAUUGUUUGUGACGAAAGUAAUCCAUUUGCAUCAUAAGGAAGUAUGAAAAAGAAAGCCCUUAUCUCUAACCUUUUUUGAAACUUUAUUUAAAUAGAAAAAUUACAACGAGUAAAAGAAACUACUAUUGAUUAGAAUUACUAUUUUCAUUUCCGAUAACACCCCACAUUUUUAUUUUUUAGCUAACGGAAUAUAUAAUGUCACACUCAGUGCUCUUGCGAGAAUGACCAAUAAAAUUGAGCGUAUAUACACGCUCCGAUGAUAGUGACCAAGGAAAUUGAUCGUGUAUAUAUGCUAAUCAUGCAAAUGGGUUAAAGAGGAAAAAUGAAUUCGAUGUUGCGUGGAAAUCAGAUUUUCAAUGAUACUUUGAAAUACAGAGAUUUGUUAUGAAAUAGUUUAUUUAGAUCAAUUUUUAGUUGCGGAACAAGUUGGCGAAGUUUCCGUGAAAACCAAUGGGACAUUAUGUACAAUUAGAAAGUAACGAUAUCUAUGACGCAGUAAAAUUGUGAAAAAUGGACACAUAUCAUUACGUUCGAUUACGAUGACUCGUACUGCCAUUUUGAUUUCCAAAUUGAUUAAAACAGAUUAAAUUGAAAUUUGAAAGGAACGAUCGGAAAGGAUCGGUUUCUCAUGCGGAUUCGUCGAGUCAUGCCAAACGCGUCAAACACAAUAAAAGACGUUUGUAAAUAGACAAUAACUAUUCUUAAGACUCCUUUCCGAAGUGUCGAAGACUUGCUCUUAUUUUUCACCUAGAUUAAGUAACCGUAUUUAAAUGUAAAAAAAAUGAAGAUCGGAUAAAGAAGGAUUGUCAUUUGCGGAGGAUUCGAUUCGCGGCGUUUGUACAUAGACAAUAAAUUUUUCUUCCUUUAAUGUUCUCGUACCCAUCGGAAGCUCCUGUAAACUAUGUGGUUUCGUGUUGAACAUUGUUUCGUGAGGAUGUUUGAUGUACUGAGAAAAUGGACACGUUUUGCUCGCUGACGUAUUACCAUGCUUCGUGGUCAACUUUGAAUAAGCAUGUAAACCUUUGUAUAUAUGGAUAAUA